AUGAAGCCUGGUUCACGUGAGAUCACACGUAACUCGAAGCUCUUGGGUCCGAUUAUUAACGAGGCUCUAAACGCAACGCUUACGCGUGUCGGUCUCCUUGAUCCUGGGAGCUUCAGGGUCCACAGACUGCUGCAGGCUGCUGAGGCCGCUCAGAGGGCCGACACCCUGACCUUCUGCUCAGGUCAUCUGGGGCCCCGCAGCCUGAACCGGCCUCAUAUGGACACAAAGCAGCCUUUUUGGAGGAUGUCACAGAGCCAAGGAGAAACCCCAAAGCCUCUGACAGUCCAGCGGAGACAAAUAAAGACACUGACCGAUGUGAGGGACAAAGAACUGAGAGAGUCUCCCUCAGAGUUUACUGCCAGCACUGCUUUGGUAGAGUCUGAGGUGUUGGAUUCGAGACAAGACCAGGCCACUGGUCGCUCAUCACAUGCAGGCGGAAGAGAAGAUGGUAGUGUACCCAAGAUGGUUCAUUGUUCCUCAAACUCUGUGCCGUCCAAGCUGAGAGCUUCUUCCCAGAAAAAAGCUGACUCCUCAUCCGAUCCUGAAAAAAGCCAUUUUAACCACGGAGAACUGAAUAACAAAGACCAUCUUAAGACAAAACAAAGGUUUGGGAGGGAAUUUAUAGCAAAGCAGGAACUCUGGGCUGGAAGAAAUGUUGUAGAAAUGCACGAGAGGAAGCUACAAAAGGAGCUGAAGAAGCUGUCAGUGCAGAGCUGGCCCAGCAGAGACCGCCUUGCGGUGUUCAGUGACGUCUUUGAUGAUGUAUGUGAAAGCUCGCCAGUAUUUGGACGCAUCCUGAGGGAAAUUAAGACAGAUUAUGAUUUGUAUGUCAACCACAUGAUGGAUUCCCAGUCUGCACCAUGUGACAAGUUGCUGAAUAUUUCACUUGAAGAUCUUGGCAGAUGCAAAGAAAUGGAAGUGGAGCUGGAUGAAGCUGAAAAAGAGGUUUGCAGGCUGGAGCAGGAGGCUAGGAGAGCUCUACAGGAGAAUAAACGAGUCCGAAAUGAAUCACACAAUGUUCCAGCUCUCACAGGCCCAGAGGACAGUGCCAUGAAGAGCUUGCGGGACAGUGGGACCUCUUUCAGCCACGGUGACAGUGUCCAAGUCAAGAGGCUCCAGGUGUUGAACAUGUGGAGGGAGAUCCAACCGCUGGAGGAGGAGAUUAAGGAAAAGCUGGUGUCCACUGUUACAACCACCGCCACUGAAAAACACAUCAAACACCUAAAGUCAGACAGAGUGAGACUGAUAGCGAUAAACGACCGUCUGAAGGCCACCAACGAGAAUCUGGAAAACAAAAUCAACAUGGUGCUAAAUAGAGAGAAGUCAAGCAAGACCAUAAGACGGACACUGUGGAAUGAACUACAGAGUGAUCUACAGACAGAGAGUGAAUAGCUUCAUCAACAAGUAAACCAGAGAAUCGUCCCUGGAGAUUAAUAUUUCAAAGUCAGACAG